AUGGCAGCAGACCAACGAAUGGAAGCUUCGACUAAAGUUACUUCGGAUAAAUUUAUUUAUACGUGGACGAUUGAGAAUUAUCGCUUAAUAAAAUUAAAUGUUGGAGAAAAAAUAGAAUCUCCACAAUUUGGCGUUGGCAGUGAUGAUAAAAAAUACUUCUAUUUGCGAUUAUACCCUGCAGGCAGGGAUGCAGAAUCUGCAGGAUACAUUUCGUUAUUUCUUACACCUGUAAUUGAUUCAACAAACAAACCAGAUAAGCUUUUAUGUAGAUGGACUAAUUCACUUAUUAAUGAUAAAAAAGUUGUUGGAAAAAAUACAGAUCAUCACGACUUUGCAACGACUGGAUUUUUAGGCCGUGGUACGUCGAAAAUUUUUGAAUUAAAAAAUAUUGACAAAUUAAUUUCCUCCCAGAAUACUUUAACUAUUCAUUGUGAAUUAGAAAUUUUCAAGGAAUAUGAAUCUUCAUUAAAAUUAGACAUCAUUAACAGUAAAGAACAGAAAAUUGAUAAAGUGAACUUGGAAUCAUUAUUUCUGAGUAAAGAAUUCAGCGAUGUUAAAAUAAUAACUUCUAAUGAAAAUGACAUCCCAUCGCAUAAAAAUAUACUCGCAGCAGCCAGCCCAGUAUUUAAGGCCAUGAUUACUCACGACAUGUUGGAAAACAAAGAAAGUACCAUAAAAAUAACCGACUCUACUAAGAAUAUUGUAACUGAAAUGCUGAGAUUUAUCUACACCGGACAGAUUAGUACAAUUGAAACAGAUAUGAUUAUUGAAUUAUUAAAAGUGUCUGACUUGUAUGAAAUUAACAGUUUGAAAAACAAAUGUGGAAAAAUGUUAUGUGCUGAUUUGUCCACUGAAAACGCUAUCAAAAUUUUAAUAGCUGCUCAUAAAUAUAAAGCAAAAUAUUUGGAAGAUGAAGUAAUAAAGUUUGUCACAACUCACAUAGAAUUACUUUCUAAUUGUGAAGAGAUGAAGGAAAUAGAUGAUUCCAUUGUGUGGGUAAAUUUAAUGCAAUCAGUAGUAAAAUCGAAAAAAAAUGUAUCUUAA